AUGGAGGGCGAAAUUAUAAAAGAGGCCCUUCUGGAAAUGGGAUGGCAAUCGUCUUUUGCCUUUCCAACCGCUUCAAAAGAAAACAUUAAGCUCUUGGAACUGUUGACAGAAACCAAGGCGAAAAUAACUGAAACCUCAGGUGAACUGGAGAUAUCUAUGGAGAAGAAUAGGAAGCUUCAGGGUCACAUAGGUCUAGUGAAGAACGAGCGCAAGCUCACUGCACAGCUGAAGGAGGAGGUGGACAAGGAGAUUGCCGAUUCGGAGCACUUCAUCAAGAUGGCUGAGCAGGAGAACUGGCGCACUGCCAGCGAUCACAAGCGACUCAUUGAGCAGAAGAAGAAGCUGGCGUCCAGGCUCGGAGCUCUUGAGGUCUUGCACUCUGUGAGACUAAUAAUGAUGGCAGCCGCCUCAGUGGCUUGUCGGAAGGACGGCAGUCUGACGUCUGUUUGGCGAACCGACGAGGCCUGCCUACGCAGCAAAUGCAUUCGCGUCUGCCGCGCCUUGCGUCUUCAGCGCACACGCCUAAAGUACAUCAAUGACGAAAUAUUCCUUAAAUCCAACGAGUUGACAUCAAUCAAGGCGGAGUUGGAUUGCGAUCAGAAACGUGUAGAGCAAUUCAUGACCGACUGCGAGAUGGACUAUGCUCUGAAGGGGAGGUUGCAAGCGAUCUCCAAAACAGACAAUACUCUUAUUCAGCUUCUCACCAGUGAGGAGAGCAAGUUGAACGCAAAGCGGAAUGAUCUGCUCAAGAAGUUGGACACCGCCGUGUCCAAAAACGAGGUGAUCCAAUUGCGCAUCGACACGACGGCGGAAAUGGGUAGGGAGGAGAACCGAGGCAGACAGGAGAUGCUCCAGCUAUGGGAGAAGACUGUAAAACAACUCUCUGAUCGAGAUGCCGACUUUACUAAACUUGGAAAUGACUACGAUGGACUGCUCUCAGAUAUCAACGAGAGGCAGACGAAAAUGCACGCUCUGCAGAAGCUGAUGGGGAGCAUUGGUCAGGACAUCAAAGAUGCGAAGCACAGAUUCUCACUACUAACCAAGGAGGUCAGCAAUAUCCGACAAUCGACCAUGCAGGAGUCAACUGACUCAUCUGCCACUGAAAAUGAGCUUUUCACGCUUAAAAAGUUAGUCUCGAAGGUGGGAAAAGAAUUGCAGCAGAUACGGGCUGCUAACACUCACUACAAGGAAUCAAAUAAAAAGUUGUCAGAAAAUUUGCAUACAACCGAGGGCGCUGUAGUGAUCACGCUGAGGAAGCUGGAGAAUUUGAAGUCGGAAAAUGUUUCAGCUGAGGAGUUGUUGUGCAUGGUGGAACAGGAGUUGGAAACCGAGCUUCAAUGUCAAAACACAAUCAAAAUGAAUCUCACGAAAUUGAAGAACCUCCGAUUUAUCAUCUCAGAGGAAAAGCAAACGGCGGAAAAUGAUAACAAGACCGUUGAGGCAUUAAUAAAUGGAAGCCGCACAAAAAUUCGCCAUGCUGAUCGCGAACUUCAAAGCAGCGAGGCGGAGCUGAAGCGGUUGGAACAACUAGUUUACAAGGCGAUGCUGACGGCCAAUCUGAUGGAGCGACGGAUCACGCGAAUGGAGUCGAACGCAGUGUGCGAUGAGGAGGGUAUCGCACUGGAGCGGCGGAUCCACCACAUGCAAGAACAGUUUGACAGCCAGUGCCAGUCUGCGCACACCCUUUCCACCAUGAUCCAACAGUUCAAGAAUGAGAAGCGAGUACUGGGACUGCAGUCGGAUAAAGUUAGGGAAUACCUUCGAAGGGGGACUUACCAGAUGGAUGGGGUAAAGGUCUACCUUGAAAACGCAGGCAGAAGUCUUGACGGGACUAUUCGGAGUCGCAACGAACUUCUUGUCUUCUAUAAUCUCUGUCGUUAUCAGUUGCGACGGGCGGGGGAGCGCCACCGACUGAUGGAGGAGACGACUCUGAACGGCGAGAUGCGAGCGAAGGCGAUUGCCGCGCUGACACGUGAGUUGGAGGAGGAGGCCGCGGCACGCACUUACCGUGUGGAGAUGGAGAUGCGCAUGGCGGGCCAGGACGCUAAUCGUGUCAAGGCCGACCUUGCCAAGCGAAAGUGCAGACUUGAACAACUGAAAUCUAGAUAUGAUGUCGAGGCUUCGAUGAUUUCAGCGGAUGGGGAUAUCGACAAAACCCAAACAAAUAUAAUUGCCAGGUCACUUGAAGAGCAUGAAGAACUGCAGACAAGGGGUGAUGAGUUGGACAAAGACGUCAAGAGAGCGGAAGAAGAGCUGAGGGCAUUGGAGAACACCGUUCUUGUCAUGACCUCUCUGAACGAAUCUGCACGCAGCUACAGUGGGACCACAAUUGAUCAAGGUUUACUGAAAAGCAGGGAUAUCCUAACGGAGAAGCUGGAAAAAGCAACAAACAAACUAAAAAACUCCCGCGAAAAACGGCGAAUCCUUCGCGCAUCCGUUCUACGGUUUACAGUGGAGAUAAGCUCACUGGAGGAGGAGAUUGCCCAGCUUGAGAAGAUGGUGGCGUCGUACGAGGCAGAUGUCUUUCGAAUUAGGAAUAAAAACGCUGAGCUUGACGCCAAGUUGGAAAGAGCGCUGAAGGUACGGACACUUGCUAAGACAAAGGCAACGCGCGUAAAACAACCCGUUGACUUGGACAUUGAGGUUCAACUCCUCAGUGACUUCAACGAAUCCGUUAAUAUCCUGCUCGUACGGAGCAUCAAAGCCUCACCUUUCAUCAACGACGAAAUCCUAACUAGGGCGCAAGAACUCUCCAAGAGUUUUCAACUCACCACGCCAAUUCUUGUAGGCAGCAUUGACAAUAUCAAGGCCUCCGACAGAUUCUUUAAUCGAAACAUCAACGUAAACGCAUCGAGACCAGGAUCUGGCAACCUGGCAGUGGCAAGCGUCGUGGAGUUGAGUGCACGCGACAUGUUCGAUGUUCCACGACUGCCAGCAGAAAAGACGACUCGAGUCCAAGGCGAGGGAAGAGUCAAGUUAACGACUGGAUCGAUGCGCACACCCAGCUCCGCCUCAUCAGGCACUCUCUCCAUCCGCAGCACCCACUAG